AUGAUUGUCAGCCUUGCUGAGGAAAAUCACCUCCCCGGGCGAGGGGAUGCUGAAGACACGGUUGAGAUUCCGCUCUCCAUGGUCGGGCGCGUGAUCGGCAAGGGUGGUGAGACUGUCCAGCGGCUCCAGAGAGAGAGCGGUGCCAAGAUUGAUGUGAACAAUCAGUUGGACCCUUCACCCGUCCGUUUGAGCGGCACGCGAGAUGCAAUCACGCGAGCCAAGUACCUUCUGCGCGAGGUCCUGGAUCGUGCCGGGUAUACACCACCAGAAUGGAGAGUGCCGCAAGCCUAUCCAGGAUAUGAUGCCUGGGCCAUGUGGUCGGGCGCAGGAUACGUGCCACAAGGGAUGCCACAAAGCAUGGCGCAAAACAUGCCGCGAAGUAUGCCAACCUGGGACCUGCCUGCCGGUGAUGGCGGCGGGGGUGGAGGUUGGCGGUCAGCGCCACAACUAACGAAUAGCCCAAACGCAGAGUCCAAGUCCGAAGAGAUCGACUUGGAUGAGUUGUGA